UUAACUCUUCGCUUCCGGCUGGCUUCGAGCUUAAGUCGAGUAAUCGAGCACCGGUCUCUCUGCUCGGAUCAAACAACACCAAAUCAGGCUGAGUGUUCUGCUAUUUGUGUAAGAAACAAAGAAAAUACAGGCGUUCUAGACAACGUCAGGUAAAUCAAGAUGAUAACUAUGGAGGGACACUUUCUACUUUUCUGUGCAAGAAAUAGCUCUCUGGCCAAAUGUUAUCUGUCAAAUUUUCGCACCGUAUCCCUGAUGAGAAAAAAUGUAUUAAUGUUUGACAAAGAUAGCCUUUUACGGCUGUCAUGUCCAUUGAGCACUGAUCACCGGAAACGAAUUAUUGCUAGUAAUAACAUAUCUUGCCGCCAUGUCAAACAAGUUGGCUUUUUGGACACGGUUUUACCUAACCGUAAGCAUUUGAGACUAAAGCAAACUCAUUAUAGGAUCAAGGAAACUCAAGAAAAACUUAAAAAGACUCAACAACGCUUGAAAGAGUCAAAGCAACGUAUAAUUGAGGACAUCCGUGGCACUAAGACCAUGAUGAAAGAACGAAUGGAAAAUAUUAUAGAGCGUGAAAACAUUUGGACUGUUCCAAAUGUUUUGUGUGUUACAAGAAUAGUAUUUUCUCCUUAUUUAGGCUAUCUCAUUGUGCAGUCUGAUUUCAAUUUGGCACUUGGGCUGUUAGUGGUUGCUGGAGUAACAGAUGUACUAGAUGGAUGGAUUGCUCGUACAUGGAGAAGCCAGUCUUCAAAGUUGGGAAGUUUUUUGGAUCCCAUGGCAGACAAAGUUUUAAUUGCAACACUUUUUUUGUCCCUGACUUAUGUAGAUCUUAUUCCUGUGGCGUUGACAUCAUUGAUUGUUGCCCGAGAUGUUGCACUUGUGGGUGCUGGCUCCUACAUUCGAUAUAAAUCAUUACCUCAUCCACGUACUUUCCAACGUUAUUUUGAUGCCACACAUGCAACAGCCCAGCUAGCGCCAACAGGGAUUAGUAAAUUUAACACUUUAGUUCAGCUAGCAUUGGUUGCUUGUACACUAGGAGCUCCAGUCUUCCAUUAUGUGGACCAUGCAGCUCUUCAUGGUCUGUGGUACCUCACAGCUGGCACUACAGUAGCUUCUGCCAUGAGCUACAUUUUUACUAGAGGGACCUACAGAUUUCUUAAGUCUAAGAAACUUUAAAAACUUGCCUAGUUGACAAAGACGGACACAUUUGACAGAAUUUGUUUUUAUAUACGUAAUUUAUUUUUCAAUUUCAUAUUAUACAUUUUAAAUGUAUCAUGCAGCACUUAAGACUGUUACAAUUAUGAAUGGAAAAAGUGAGAAAUCAAGACAUCUGGGUGUUAUGUAUACCUAUUAUAAUUAAAACUUCACAAUCUGAAA